GGUCUGUGUUUUUGCUUGAUUUUUCAUCAUUUCCAUCCAAUUCUUCAUCAUCAUACCAUAUUUCACUUUCGUCCAGUGCAGUCUGGGCCCUCUGAUGGGAGAUCCUACCGCCAAAAAAACAACAUCCCCUAGCGCUCUUGUACCUCGGGUGCCACACCCCCUGUAAGCCCCCCCUCCAGCAGCCGCUGAGACUUGUGCCUGGGCCUUGUGGUGCCUGUGCCUCUUUUCUGCUUUAAUCUCCAAAUCUCCUCUCUUCUCCCCUCGGGUCCCCCCUUGCCCUCUUUUUUUUCCCUCUCUUUUUUAGAUCUGUCUCCAUCUUGAUUAUCCCUUUCAUAAUCUGUUUUUAACGUUCUUCUUUUCUCCAGUUUUUGACCCUUUUGAAGGAAAAGAGAAGUCGUGAAGAGAGAAAAGAGACACGGACGCUAAGACAAUCGACGACAAAGCGCAGUCAAUUUAAAUUAACUUGCCUUUACAUAUAGCUCCGUCUUUCACUACCUAUCAACUAUUACGUCUAGCCAGCCCACUUUCUCAUCUUCUCUCUCUCUGGCUUCGUCUCUUCUCUUCUUCGAAACCUCAUCCCCUCUUACGCGGUUUCAUAAAUCACCUAUAGUACCCGCAGCUCACCGUCGCAUCAAACAUCACCAUGCCUGCUUCCUUGGACUCUUCCCGGCCCAUCAUGGCCCCUUCGAACCGCAACUCCGUCCGCUUCAGCACCUACAGCAUGGCUCCUUCGCUGUCUCCCACCGUCGGAACAACCGACUCUGCUCACGCCGAGAUCCGCGACAUCGCUACCGGCCUCGACCGCAUGGAGAACAAGGCUCUCUCCUCCCAGCGCGUCACCCUCACCGACGAGAAGACAGACACCAUGAGCAAGCUCGCCCUCGGUGCUAAGCUCGAGCGCGCUCUCGACCGAAGAAUGAGCGGCCAAGACGCUGUCAUGCGACCUCGUGGCCAGAGCCUCAACGAGAAGCUCAGCGAAAAGGAGUAGACCCAGAAAAAAGAAGAAGAAACAACCCACCAAAUCCAACAAACAAAGCAAAUGUCUUGCGAAUAAGAUACCCCCACGCAAACGAGAAUUCUUCUUUUAUUUUUAUCGAUAUAAAUUAUCUUGUCUUUCCGGUCUUUGAUUUCCUCAGCAACGCCUUGGUUCUAUCACUUUUUUCGCAAAGUAAUGAAACACUGCGCCAUGAUCAACCUCAGGGGGAAAUUGGAUGGAAAUACGAGCCUCACACUCAGCCUCAUCCCCCUAAUUAUACUCGCGAAACCCACCAAGCCACGGCUCUUUUUUCACGAAUACAAACGGCAUGCGGAAAGGAUCUGGACUACGAUCAGCUCUUGUUGACUUCAUUUUCUUCUCUUUUUUUCUUUUUUGUCUCUUUAUUCUGCUUUUUACUAUAAUGGUAUGCUGCGAUGGAAAUUCAUUGGUCAAGAUACGCAGGAAUGGCAAGCAACGCAUGAAGGAAAGUGAUCAUUAGGGCACGGAUAAAGGGAGCUGUUUCGCUUUUGCCUUAUAUCGUUUCCCGGGCGCAGCGAGUACGGGGCGGAGGAAUUGGAAGUGUAUGAUUGCAUUGGAUGCAUUUGUGAUGCCAUGUUUUGCACACGAGCUAUAGUAAAUGCCGACAAGAGUCGCCAACUCAUUAUUGUGUCCGGUUUCUGUUGUUGAAGCAAUGAAAUGGUACAGGAACAGAAGACUGGCCAAAGGAACCUCAGUGUUGUGUGAAUCCAUGAAAUGUGUUGCAGUGAUAUUAACAAAACUCCUAUAGCAACCAUUACCAAGCAAA